AUGCACGCCCAACGCUCUUUCACCGCUGCUUCAGCUGGCGCCAUAUUUCUGGCAUCUGGAGCUUCUGCGUCGGUCCUCCCGGGCAUCACCGAGAACAAGAGCCACAGCGUUCGCCGCGAUCUCAAGACUGGACUCGGAACUCGCUACGGGAAAAACUGCAAGGAAGAGGAUUGCUGGCAGUCAGGUGCUUGUGCCUUCACAAACUACAAGUUGCCAUCAACUAUUGAUGGUUCCACUUGUGUCUCCGAGGCCAUUUGGGACAGCUCGGCUCACUGUGGCGGGUGCAUCCAGGUCACAUACAAGGGCAAGACGAUCACUAUCAUGGUUACGAACAAGACUGAUGGCGACGCCAAUCAUCUCGACAUGCCACCUGCUACCUGGUCGAAGCUGACCAACGGCAUGACCGGCGGCGGUGUUGAUGGCAUUGAAUGGGACUGGGUGACGUGUCCCAUCACGGCACCCCUCACAAUCCAUAUGCAUGGUGGGAGUUCGCAGUACUGGUUCGCUGCCACGGUCGAAAACGCCACUCUCCGCACCACAAAGAUGGAGGUCAGCACCGACAACGGUAAGACCUGGAAGGGCACCGAGAGGGACAUCAACAACUUCUUCGUGGUGGAUGGCGUGCUGCCGACCACCUCGGCUUGGGUCAAGGUCACGAGCGAGUCGGGCUCACAGGUGGUGGUCGAGAACGUCAAAUUGGAGUCUGGAAAAUCCACCGUGGCGUCUGAAAACUAUGCUUGA